GCCUAUAGUGUAAAAAAAAAACAUUGUUUCUUUUAAUCUCUUUUAGGUGACCGCAAUGUUCUGAUCAUGUAGUCUACAUUCAUUGAAUAGAAAAUUAUUCAUUUUCAAUAGACUAGAAUAUAUAACUUAUAAGUAGGAUUCCUUUAAAUAUUGCUAUUAUUUCAUGCGUUUUAAAGUUGUUCUUUUUUUUUAUUUUGACCAAGAAUAGUAGUAAGACAUUUAAGAUGGCCUAAAGAGGGAUAACAAGCUGAAUAUACCAUGAAAUGAUUCUCUAUUACGUUUCCUGGCUAAAUGAUAAUUAUUUUCUUAGUUUUUGAACAAAUCAUCUUAAAUUUUGUUCAACUCUUUCAGUUAAGGAAAUAAAGUAAUAUUUCAUUUCAUCAUUAAUUGCACCAAAAGAAUAACUACUUCUGGCGGGGGAUGUCUAUUGAAGUUUCAUCCAGGCUUUUGGUGUGUUCCACAGGAGACAAAUGGUACGAUAAGAUGCUUUCUGUAAUACCUGGACAGAAGUACUUAAGAGCCAUUAUCUCAGCUGUCCACAACUAUGGACUGUACUCCACCACAUCAUUUCAUGACUGGAUUGGAUACGAAUUCACGAAACAGGUCCAAGAAAAAGAGAAGUCAGAAAAAGAGUCAAAUUCCGACAAGAAAACGAUCAAAGACAAACCAAAUAUCACGUUCAAAGAGGUAUAUGAUCUAUUCGGAUUUGAGCUAUGUGUGAUCGUAAGCAACGUUUCAACUCAAACGGAAGAAUACUAUCACCCCAAGACCACACCCGAUUUCCCUGUGAGGGAUGCUGUCAUAAUGUCCAUGUCCAUUCCUUUGCUUUUCGAACCUGUAACAAUACCAUUUUAUGAUGAGAAUGAAUACUACGUUGACGGUGGUGUUAUAUGCAACUUCCCCAUUCACUGUUUUGACGGAUGGUGGCUAUCUAUGGAUCCUGGAGACGCAUUCCCUGCAAAGUUUGGAGGCGAUUUCCAAGACCUCUGCAAGACGUUGAGAACAAAUCGAUUUGAGAACACUGACGGGGGAAAAAAAACUCUCGGAUUGCGUGUGGUACAUUUUUUUUUUUUACGAACUCUUAACUUUCUUUUCAUCUACUUCAUAAUUGUUAUGACAGAAUGCAUAUUGCUUCUAUAUUUCUUAAAGCGUUUCAGAUAUAUAUAAUGUGACAGGAACUCUAAUGAGAUAACCUUUCUUAUCUCUUUAACUCUGUUCCAUUAUUUUAUUGCUUUGAACGGCAUAAUUUAGCUACUUUAGGUAUUACUUAAGUACAAUUUAUAUUUUGCGAUAUUGUCAUUUCCGUUUUAAGUCAUAUAACUAAUUAUAAUUUCGGCCUAAUAUCGCCGGUUUUUGUUUCUCAUUUUCGUUUCCUUUUUUUCCUUGUUUUUUUUUUUUUUUUUUUUGGUCACACUAUACAUCCACUCUUUUUCAAUAUCAAUUGACAGCACAACAUUCAUUUACAAAUGACUCAGAAAAUAUAUACUUGCGUAUCUGCAUGUUAGAAUAGCCGCUUCUAAAAAGUGUGUAUUUAGUUAACAAAUUUAGGUUGUUGGUCAAGAUCUUCGUGCAAAGGUUUACGUAAUACAUGAAUGAAACGCAAUAUCGAUGAAAUUUAGAAUACAAGAGUUGCUUUUACAGGUAAUGGAAAAGAAACAGACAACAGAUCAGACAGAGGUAUGUCAUAUUUUUUGAAAAACAUCAAAUAUUUGGUAUUAUUAUCUUCAAAAUAAUACAGUCAAUUUCAUUGGUCGAGGGCUGGUCACGUUAGGGGAGACAAUUCAUGAUGUUUCCCUCACGCGCAGGGUAAACAAUUGUGUUGUAUCACUUUAGAAGAUAACUUGUAACGGCACAAGCGAGAAAGCUCUAUUGAAAACAUUUGAAAAUUGCGGGAUCUUUAAUCGUAAACUUCAGUGUCAACAUUAACGGUCACAAAUAACAAUUGAGAAGAAAAAUAUUUCCAUUCUAAUGCAAUUUUGCAUUUCACUUGAUGUUUACGUUUUUGUUUUGAAAUACGUUGCGAAAUGUUUACAUUUGACGUUAUGUUUUUCUACUGUGACGUCACAAUUAAAAGCUUUCUCUUUAACGUUCUCAAACCUCAAUAUUUUGCUUUCAUUAACAUAUAUAUCUAAUAAAUGUGUGAAAUUGAGUGUA